GUGGUGGCGUCAUUCACUGUUGAUGUUCUAGUAAACAUGGCGGAGCCCGGGAGUGAUGCUGGUAACUCCAGUAACGAUGGUGGUGAUAUCUCAUCUGUUAUGGGCUUCUCUGGAUUCGGAAAGAAAGCUCGAACCUUUGAUCUGGACGCCAUGUUUGAGCAGACCAGAAGGACAGCCAUCGAGAGAAGUCAGCGUGUUUUAGAGGAACGACAACAAGAAGAAAUGAAAGAAAGCAGUGGAUGCCGAAAUGUCAACCAGAAAGAGAAGCCAUCUACAUCCACUGCUGGGAAGGUGGAUACUGACAGUGACAGCAGCGACUCAGACUCUGAACUCAUCGGACCUCCAGUACCUCCUGAACUCAAGUCUAGAACUGAUGAAGAUGAGGACGAUGAUGAUGAUGUGGUUGGACCCCCACUGCCACCGGGAUACAAACACAGCUCUACUGCGAAUGAUGGGUCUGAUGAUGAUGAUGAUGAAAUGAAUGAGGAUGAUGAUGAUGAUAAUCCAGUAAAGAAGAUUCCAGAUACUCAUGAGAUCACUCUUCAGCAUGGCAGUAAAACUGUUUCAGCUUUAGCUCUCGACCCGUCUGGUGCCCGUCUAGUCACCGGUGGAUAUGAUUAUGAUGUAAAGUUUUGGGACUUCGCCGGUAUGGACGCGGCUCUGCUGGCGUUUCGAUCUCUUCAGCCGUUCGAGUGUCAUCAGAUCCGAUCUUUACAGUACAGUAUGACCGGUGAUGUUAUACUGGUGGUGGCUGGAAACUCUCAGGCAAAGGUUUUGGACCGAGACGGCUUCCAGGUUCUCGAAUGUGUCAAAGGAGAUCAGUAUAUAGUGGACAUGGCGAAUACAAAGGGUCACACAGCGAUGCUGAACGACGGCUGCUGGCAUCCCAAGAUGAAGGAGGAGUUUCUCACCUGCUCCAAUGAUGGAACCGUACGGACGUGGGACCUGAACUCGGAGAAGAAGCACAAGUCUGUGUUUAAGCCUCGAUCGCUGCAGGGUAAGAAAGUGACGCCCACCUGCUGCACAUACAGUCGGGAUGGGAAACUCAUCGCCGCGGGCUGCCAAGAUGGAACCAUUCAGAUCUGGGACAGGAACUUAAGCGUUCAUACUAAGUUUCAUUGUCGACAGGCACACACCCCCGGAUCAGACACCUCCUGUCUCACUUUCUCUUAUGACGGAGUGACUCUAGCAUCUCGAGGAGGGGACGAUACACUGAAGACGUGGGAUAUUCGAAACUUUAGGAAACCUCUCAGUGUGGUUACCGGUUUGACCUCCUUCUUUCCAAUGACAGACUGCUGUUUUAGCCCUGAUGAUAAACUCCUGGUAACGGGCACCUCGGUUAAAAAGGACGAAGGCAAUGGAAAACUGCUCUUCUUUGAGAGAGAAUCACUUAAUAAAGUCUAUGAGAUUGAAGUGACCAAUGCGAGUGUCGUUCGCUGUCUUUGGCAUCCCAAGUUAAAUCAGAUCAUGGUUGGAACGGGGAACGGUCUGGCCAAAGUCUAUUAUGACCCAGUGAAGAGUCAGAGAGGUGCAAAGUUAUGUGUGGUGAAGAGUAAGAUGAAAGACAAACAUGCAGAGACGCUGACGCAGGAUUACAUCAUCACCCCUCAUGCUUUGCCCAUGUUCCGCGAGGCCCGACAGCGCAGCACCAGGAAACAGUUAGAGAAAGACCGUCUGGACCCCGUCAAGAGUCACAAACCAGAACCACCCGUCUCCGGCCCAGGUAGGGGUGGUCGCGUUGCUGCUCACGGUGGCACGUUGUCCUCUUUCAUUGUAAAAAACAUCGCGCUGGACAAAACCGACGACAGCAACCCCCGAGAGGCCAUCCUGCGUCACGCCAGAGAAGCUGCUGAAAACCCGUACUGGAUCGCACCGGCUUAUGAAGCGACGCAGCCAGAGCCGUUGUUUGCUGAGGAGGAAGAAGAGGAAGAUGAGGCUGACAAAGAUCAGCCAGAAUGGAAGAAACGCAAGAUCUGAGGAGAUUUAUUCUUCUAGUUUGAGAGCUUUACUUUCUCAGUAUUUAAUAUGUCAGUCUUUCAAUCUUACAUUAGUCGUUUGUGUGUGAAUAAAGACAUUUAUACGUCUGAAUAUAAGCAGGAGAUCAUGAAAUAUUGAGUAAGAGUUUCAGUGUUCUGUAUGAGCAGACUGUAGAUUUAUUAUUAUCAUUUCUCUUAUUAUCCUGUUGUAUUUUUGCCUUUUUUUUAUAAAAAAUAAACACAAUGUUUGGCCAGAGUGAAGUUUAUCAUGGCAAACACACUGA